AUGUCACACGAUGAUAUGAAUAACAACAUCGACGAUCUGUCGAGCGAUCUCGCAGCCUCGUUUGUAAUUGCACCAGAGGAUCACUUCUCAACCGAUGCUCCCCAUCCAAGAUACGGCCUUGUCAAACCUCGCCAGGCGGUCACUGGUCAGAACGAGCGUCGUCGACAGUUUCUUUUGCGGUUGCGAGAGCGGCGCGCGGAUUUCUAUGCGCUGGCCCAUGGUAUCGCACUUGGGGACAGCCCACACGCCCAAGGCACAGAGGAUCCUAGAGAAAGUGCAGGGGAUGGGAGACCAGAGUGUAUAAUAGAUGCACCGGAGGUGAACAAUACAGCAGAUACGGAGGGUGUACGAGAUGCAGAGGCAGAGGCAGAUGGGGAUGGGGAUGGAGGUGUAAGAGAGUGUAAAGCUGGCGGAGGAGCUGAGGCUGAGAAGGUUCGCGACAUUGGAGGGGAGGAGACUGAGAUUGAGCAUACAGCACCCGCCCGGGUUGCUAGGCAACGGGGGACCAAGAGAAGGGGAGAUGACGAUGAGAGUGUGCAGCCUACCAGCAAGUGGAUGUGCCAAGACGAGGUGAUGGCACCGUCGAAACAAAGCCAAACUCACGGAUAUAGAGAGCGCAAGUAUAAAGAUCAGCUCAUGGUUUCCGAGUGGAUGGUCGAGAAACCUGAAGACUUUGCCACUGAGUGGUUGAUGAAAACAUGCCCCAUCGGCAAGAGGUGUAUGGUUGUAUCCUCACAAGGCCAAACACGAGCGUUUUGCCGCAACGGCUACUGUAUAGAACGCUUCGACUCGGCGUUACCUGGAGGCAGGUCUAUUGGCAGGGGCGCGCAGGAGUACUGCAUUCUAGACUGCAUCUUGGACGAACAGGAGAGGACCUUCCAUGUGCUCGAUGUGAUGUGCUGGAAAGGCCAGCCGCUGUAUGAUUCGGACACAGAAUUCAGGUUCUUUUGGAUCCAAAUCAAACUGCAGGAAACCGAUGGGAUUGGCCAGUUCAGCCGCUACAACCCCUACCGAUUCACAGCCAUACCCUCUGCGCCAUGUGAUGGUAAGGCUAUCACCGCUCUGGUAACCCAGGUAGCCUCGGCCAGGGGUAAGCCUAAGGGGGUUGACGGUGUACUGUUCUAUGAUAAGGAGGUGCGGUAUUGUGCCGGGCGCAACCCGGCCGUGCUGUGGCUGAAGCCGGAGAUGCUCGAGGACAUACUAUACGAGAGUGCGACCACCCCUGAGCCUAUGUGA